GGUCAUGGGCUGGUGGUUUGUGGCCCUGAUGCUGGUGUUAGUCCCCUGGCACCCUAGAAACCCUGCCUUGUGGCUGUGGGUCCUGAUGUCUUGCCUCCCUGAGGUGCAUCCCUGCCUGCUCUGCUUUGGGCCCACCCUUCAGCGGGCACGGCUCUGCAGUUACGUUACUGGGCUCCCUGUCGAACACCCCAGACAUAAAAUAUGCCUUGCGGACCUUGUCAGAGCUGCUAAACAACUUGCCUCUGUCACUGUGGGGUCAGGACAGCGUGAGGAACUUCGGGACAUCGUCAUCGAUGCUAUGAAUUUUAUAGAGGACCAAAAGGGCAAUAAACCCUUUAGAGCGUCUCUGCGGGAAGCUGUCAACACAAUCUGGGUGAAGCUGAGCGAGCUGGAGAAAGUUCCAGCCUGCAUCCCACCCUGUGGAUUCCAGCCAGAUGCCCGUGUCUUCCAGUGUGCUACCUGCCGCUUUGUGGACUGUCAGUUUGCCCUGGACUGCCCAGUGCAGGACCUGUGGACCUACACAGAUGAAACCAUUGUGCUGCACUGCAACGUGCCUUUCAAGAUCCCCAAAGGCACGCCCGUCACCUGGCUGUUUGUCCCAAAUCUGCGCACACAGGACAUGGCACUGUUCAAGAAGGUGAAUGGGAACCCAGAGAAGCCCUUCAGUCUGACCAUUGAGGAGCCUGCUCCAGGAACUGUUGCCUGUAUCCUGGGGGAGCCUGCCAAGCCCAUUGUCCGCAAGUUCUUCUACCUGAACGUGUCAGAGGGAAGCGUGGAGGAAGAGAAAGAGCUGCAGGGUGUGUUCAGCACUGUGCUGCAGUCGCUGGAUGCUGAGAAAUCCCAGCCCCCCAUCCCAGCCCUGGGGCUGGCUGUGGCUGCAGGCUCCACAGCAUUCGUUCUGCUGCUGCUGGCCACCUGGCAAUGCCUCUGUGUCCGUCAGACCUGCCACAGACGUGGACAUCAGGGUACCAGAGAGGAUUCCAGAUCCCUGGAUUCAGUGUAGGGGACUUCAGCACAUGGAUCCACACCAGAGAACCAAAAUUUCUGCCAUCAUUUUUCUUGUGCUGAGCGUUUGGAUGGGAAUAGUCUU